CCCCUCAGAGGGGACGCCUCAGGGCAUUAUCGCGUCCAUGUCAUCGGAAACAGUGGUGCGCUAAAUUCCGCCGAGGUCGCCGCGCUCCUCGGCAUCCCACACAUUCCCCUGGACACAGUGUACUGGAAUCCCAACUGGGAAAAGACACCAAGCUCAGUGUUCAAAGACAGGGUCACAGCUAUGCUCCAAGACAGCGAGAACAGUCACGGUGGGUGGGUUGUGGAUGGAAACUACAACUCCUAUCUCGGAGACCUGAUCGCGGAUUCCACAACUGACGUUCUCUGGCUCGAUCCGCCCCUCGCGUUGUAUCUCCCUCGCCUCUGCCUACGCACGCUGAAGCGACUUUUUGGCCUGGUCCCGCCCUGCAGCCCCAAUUGUCCCGAACGCGUGAGCGAGGCGUUCUUCUCGAAGGACAGCAUCAUUUGGUACAGCAUCAGUCAUCAUUGGUCUCUCAGGAAGCGAGAGUCAGAACGGUACGCCGUCGACGGCAUCCACGCAGGCGGUAAGAUUCGGAGGCUUGGAGGCUGGGGUAAGGACCGAGCGGAGUGGUUGAGGGCUGUCAGGGCAAUGGUGGACGGU